AUGGCUUCGAAAAGGAUCUUGAAAGAGCUCAAGGAUCUCCAGAAAGAUCCUUCUACCUUGUACAGUGCUGGUCCAAUUGGUGAAGACUUGUUUCAUUGGGAAGCUACAAUAAUGGGUCCAUCAGAUAGUCCUUACUCAGGUGGAGUCUUUAUUUUAACCGUUCACUUCCCUCUUGAUUAUCCUUUCAAACCACCAAAGGUUGCGUUUAGGACAAAAGUAUUUCACCCUAAUGUCAGCAGCAACGGAAGCAUUUGCUUCCACAUUUGCCAAGAUGUUUUGAAAGAACAAUGGAGUCCUGCACUCACCAUUUCCAAGGUUUUGGUUUCAAUAUGUUCAUUGUUAAGUGAUCCAAACCCAGAUGAUCCUAUGGUUCCCGAGAUUGCUCACAUGUAUAAAACCGAUAGGACCAAGUAUGAGUCUACUGCAAGGAGCUGGACUCAGAAAUAUGCAAUGGGGUAA